CUCACACCAGAGCAGGCCUGGAAUCCAGCUUGACAACACAAACAAAGCAUCCUGUAGAGGAUGGGUAGGUGGGCGAACAGGUAGCAUAUGUAAGACUGGUUUAUCCACAUUGGGGAGACACAUAACUUCGCUAUCGAGCCACACCCAGUUCUGCCUAUAAAGAUACACCCAAGAGAUAAGAGAUGCACAACAGAGCUCAACCACAGCCAGACCUCUCCAUCUUCUCUAUCACUGAGAUCCACGGCACUACCAUGAGUCUGAGGAGCAAGCGCAGCAAUCGCCCAGGACUGCACAUGUCCUCUGGGGGCUUUAGCAGCUUGUCUUUGGGAUCCCACUCCAUUUCCAAGAUCAGCACCAGGAUGGAGCUCGGGGCCCCGAUUACAGCUGUGACCUUCAACAAGACUCUGCUCACCCCAGUGAACAUCGACAUCGACCCCACCAUCCAGGUUGUCCGCACCCAGGAGAAAGAGCAGAUCAAGGGCCUCAACAACCGCUUUGCUUCAUUCAUUGAUAAGGUCAGAUUCCUGGAACAGCAGAACAAAAUGCUGGAAACCAAGUGGAAGCUGCUGCAGGGACAAACUGCCGCCUCCUCUAAAAUUGAGCCAAUGCUGAAGACCUACAUCAGCAACCUGGAAAGACAGCUGGAGUCCCACAACAAUGAAAAACUCAAGCUUGACAUGGAGAACAAAUCCAUGCACAAAAAUGUUAAUGACUAUAAGACAAGGUAUGAGCAGGAAAUCAACAAGAGGAGCGACACUGAAAAUGAGUUUGUCAUGCUUAAGAAGGAUGUGGAUUCAGGCUAUAUGGCCAAGGUGGAUCUGGGCGACAGGUUGUCUAGUAUCUGUGAUGAAUUCAACUUCCUCAAGGCUCUGUAUGAUGAGGAGCUGCUUGAGCUGCAGGAGAGCCUGAGGGAGACCUCUGUGGUAGUACAGAUGGACAACUCCCGAGGCCUGAACAUGGAUCAGAUUGUGGCUGAUGUUAAAUCACAGUAUGAGGUCAUUGCUGCGCGCAGUCGGGAGGAAGCUGAAAGCUGGUACAAGAACAAGUUUGACCAGAUGAGUGCCGAAGCGGAACAGUAUGGCAGUGAAAUGCGUAGCAGCAAGGGAGAAAUAUCUGAGCUCAACCGAAUGAUCAGCCGCCUGCAGAAUGAGAUCCAGGCUGUGAAGGCGCAGAAUGCCAAUCUGGAAGGCCAGGUAGCCGAGGCGGAGAAGCGUGGGGAGGAAGCCGUGCAGGAUGCCAAGGCUCGCAUCCAUGACCUGGAGCUGGCUCUGCAGAGGGCCAAGCAGGACAUGGCUCGCCAGCUGAGAGAGUACCAGGAGCUCAUGAACGUCAAGCUGGCCCUGGACAUCGAGAUCUCCACCUACAGGAAACUGCUGGAGGGAGAGGAGAAAAGAAUUGGGCAGGAGUCUAUUGUCAACAUCCAAGAAGUGCCCACUAAAGCCUCCAUGGUGAACCACCAGCGGCGAAUGUCUGGUCCACUUUUGAUCAAGACAGUGGAGACACAGGACAGAUCAUACAACUGAGAGAUGGGGGGGAAAAGCUUCAGUAACCUGCUGAAUCACUGAAGCAUUCAUCUCUCUGUAACCUGCAAUGCCCUACUGCACAUGUGAGCCAAAUGUAUGUGUUCUUUGUUUACUUCCUUGUCAUGUUUGAAAUCAUAUUAUUUACCAUGUUAUGUUUGAAAUAAAAUGUGUUCAGCCACACAA